AUGUCAUUAAUAAUCUAUGUCGCGCACUCGGGCAACAAAGUCGUCGCCGAGCCGGCAAAGGUCAACAGCCUGGAAAGCCUCCGAGCAUGGGUCCACCGCACCGCCCACAUCCCCGUCAAUAAACAGGUCUUCCUGACAAACAAGGGCAAGGCCGUACGCCCGCAGACGCUGCUCACCGAGCCCGAAAUCUACGUCUUUGACUCGUCCUCGUUCUCGCCGACCAACACCAGUCUCUCGCUCAUCCCGGAUCCGUCUCCUCUGAGCCCUGACACUCCGCCCGACUCUAUCGCCAAUCAUGACCAGCUUCCAUCAUGGAACGACUUGUUUCGCCGUCGCCUGGACUGGGCAAGAGCUCUGCGCGAUCAGUACGCCGACUGGGUUGACAGCACACAGCGAUAUCAUCAAGAGCAGGCCAUCAUCGAACAGAGCGUCAACGUCGCCGUCAUGAGCCUGCACCUUCACAUUCGCUCGACCGAGCAGAGAUAUCACAACGAGGAAGAGUGGGUGGACAAACUGCUUAAGCAGCAGGAGGCACAUGUCGACAGCUGGGAAAGAGACCUUGAUAUCCUCCACCACAUUCCCGCCAACCCAGACUUUGCUCGCUACAUCCAGUCCCAGACUGCUGUGUCUUUGCAGCAAUCUGGACAUGACUCUGGUGUCACGUUACAGCAAUUCGUUCAGGUCGACCACGUCAAACAGGCCGCAUCAUCUGCUCAGAACAUCAUGACCAAUUUCGCACAAAGGGUUCACAACAUUCAACAGUCACUAGACACAACCGCGAAAGAUAGCGAGGCUCUCCUUGACGCCGUCCAGACUGUUAGUCUUAGUCGAGUCGACAACACGGACGAGCCAGCAAAGCUCCUCGAAGAGGUCGAUAUCAUCGUAAACAAAAUGUCCAACGACUUGGAACACGUGGGGUCUUUGACAAAUAACGCCCAGAAUGCCGCGAGAGCUUCUAAAAUGGCUCUCCUACAUACUCGGAACUAUCUUCCUAAUCUCGACGGUUUGUGUCUUGAGCUCAACUCACUGGUUCGUCAAACGGUCCAACAACGUAACAAUGCCGCUCAAAACUUUUUACACCACAUGCAGACUCUGUCUAGCAUCGAGUCUCGUCUGGCCCAGGUACACUCAAGUCUGAAGAAUUUGAACAUGUCGCAAAGCGACGAACAAGUCUUUGACACGCUCAACAUCUUGUCUAAGCUCCCAUUCGUCUAUGGCUCUCUCAUGAUUGAGGCUGUGCGUCGUCGUGAGUGGGCUGACAAGAUGAAAUCUGACUCUGCCACUCUCGCCGAAGAAAUGGCUACCUAUCAGGAAGAGGAAGAGCGCCGUCGGACCAAAUGGCUCAAGUCUGUCGAUGAUGUCGUCAAGACUGAAGUCUUUGAAGGGAAGCCUUUGAGCGUCGAAGUGAACCUUCAAGCAGACGAUCUCGAAUGGCCUAUCGUGCAGAGACAGCAUUUGCACGAGUACAUCCAGAUCUUAACCGAACUGGAACUGCCUAAGUCUGUCACGCAAACUCUAUCAACUGCUCUCAAGGAUUUGGACCGUCCUACCAAGAAGCAGAUCAAGCAUGCCAAGACGUUCAAGAAUGGCAGUAUGCACGAAGCUGCUUUUGGAACCACUUCCCUUAUGCUUCGUGGCGAGGACGAGUACAAGGUUCUCAGAGAAGCAAACAUUAAGCUCGAGGAAGAGUUGAAAGGACAGAAGAGUCGAGUUCGGAGACUGGAAGAUAUCCUCCACCGUCAUGCUCACAUGAACCGCGUUACGACGGGCGAUAGUUUCAGGCCCUCGAUCGAACUGGUUUCUGACAUGGUCAGCCCGACGCCGCCAUCACCAAGGCCUUCAGAGGAACUAGUCAGGCAGACUGUCGGCUCUAGACGUCCCUCUUCAAGCCUAGCUGUAGAAGAGGGUAAACUCGCAAAACGCAUAGUAUCGCUCGAAGCCGAACUUCACGCUGCCAAAGAGCAUUCUUCACAUCUUGAAAAGGAUGCCGAGAACAGAAAGCAGAAGGAUGUUGAUGAUCGACGCGAGAUUGAAGAAGCUGUUUCCACGAAAAAGGAUAUAAUGCAGAACAUGGAAGCACAGCAGAGAGAGUUCGCAGAUGAGCGCAGGGUCUUGGAGCAAGACUUGGACCAGGCACGACACAGGAUUGAGGAGCUCGAAGACGAGAUCGACAGGCUGUUGGGUAGUCGCGAUCAGGAAGUUUCUGGUAUUGAUGCUAGAGCCAAAACACUCGAAGCUGAGAUUGCAAAGAUGAAGCAGUCUGCGGAGGAAGCACGGCUGAAGCACCAUACUGAUUUCGAAGAAACUCGGUCUUCGCUGCGGAAACAGCAGGAAGAGAACCAACGCCUGAAGGAGCAACUGCAAGUCCUUAGAAAGAGUCAAGAAGAACAGCAACAGUACGAAUCGGAUAACUUCCGAGUUCUUAAAGAGACUCACAAGCAUUUGUCGCCCACCAGCUCACCUCCAGAGAAGUUCAUGGAUCUGGUCCCUGCCUUAGAGGGUCUUGCACAGAAGUCUGCGGAUCAUGUCAGAGAGUUGAAUGAUGCCAUUGCACUUGCGAGAUCCGAGACCGNNAGUCUCUACGAUCACAGAGUAGCACUCAGAGGACUGAGCUCAAAGCAGUCAAGGCGAAGCAGGCUGUCAACGAGACUGAGCUCAUUCGCUUGCAAGAUGAGAUGGAGGCAGAGAAGGCGCACGCUGAAUCGCUGGCGGCAUGUCUCGAAGACGAACGCGAGCAGUUGCGCAAGCUUCGCUCAAAGUUCGCCGACGGAGAAACAGGUGCGGAUGUGCUUCGCCAGCGUGUCACGGAGGAGGAGGAUAGAGUCAUCCAACUCUCAGAACAGCUCUCUGAUGCACAGACUCAUGCUGCUAGUCUCGACGUUGAGAUCAUGCGAGUACAGAAACAGCUCAACGAUGCAAAAUCUACAGCUGCUUCUGUUGAGGAACAACUCAGGCAGCGCGGCACUCGUGCCAGGGAGAUUGCACAACNGUCUUUAUUCUCAGAACGCACGUCUCUUACGUCUGCUCGAAGCCUUGGGCUUUGUCGUUGCUCAUAAGGAUGGCAACAUGAUCAUCGAGCGGGCCUCCAAGGUCACCGCUAGUACUACCUUCGACCCCACAUCAAGUCUUACUCGUGCGAUAUCGAUGUCUUCACCCCCUCCGACGCGCAAAACGUCUACCGUAUCCGAUGAUUCUUCAUCUCUUGCUUUCCUGCACUGGUCCGAAGCCACCGAUGUGGCUGAAGAAGAAUCGCAAUAUGCCGACUAUCUGAAUCAUAUUUCCUUGUUCAGCACCGACAUCUUCAGCGAAGCUAUCAGCAAACGCCUCCGUGACUUCGAAUACACGGCUCGGAAGUGGCAGAAGGAAGCGCGUGGAUACAAAGAGAAGAAUAUGCGUUUACAAGCCGAGUCUUCAGCCAAGAUCGCGGUUAGAGACUUUAGAGAAGGCGACCUCGCCUUGUUCUUGCCAACUAAAGGCCAGCGAACCGGCGCAUGGGCCGCCUUUAACAUCAACGCACCACACCACUUCUUGCGGGAGCGUGAAGGUAUGGUUCUGAACCGCCGUGAGUGGCUUGUCGCUCGCAUCUCGAAGAUUGAGGAGCGCGUUGUCGACUUGUCGAAACCAGCUGCAUCGUUUGAUGGUCGCAGCAUUGGUUCAACGAGCGUGGACGCUGCUUCUCUAGACGAGAUGAAUGACAACCCUUUCGAUCUGUCUGAUGGAUUAACAUGGUAUCUGGUGCAUGCAUCCGAAGACAAGCCUGGCGCUCCUACCACUCCAGGCCUAGGCAAGAGCACCGUCGCCAGCUCAUCCGUAGACGCUAGAGGCAGUAUACGCAUGAAAAAGCAGAGCGACCUCAGCGAAGCAGCAAAGACACUCAACAAGAGUCUAGACAGCCGACGCAGCAGCUCGAACUCUAAAAAAGGACUUACAGCAGGCUUCUUGGGUGAAUCUGUGAGAAGGGGAGAAAGUGGAAAUGGCGUUGUGGACGAGUCUUUGAGGAGGAAGGCAAGUGAGAGAGGCUUGGGCAUUGACUCCUCGGCCGCCACCGCCGCUACUUCGCCACAGGACUUGUCGUCGUCGCAACAGCAGCAGCAAUCUCAGGUGCGCAAAGAUCUUCUCUGGGGCCCGUGA